AUGGACCUGAAGGUGGACGAGGAGGAGGUGGAAAACGGGCAGCCGGUCAGCAUCGAGGCAUUUGCCAGCAGUUCCACGCUGCACGGCCUGUCCCACAUCUUCUCCUACGAGCGCCUGUCCGUCAAGCGCAUCUUCUGGACCCUGUGCUUCCUGGGCUCCUUCGCCGUGCUGGUCUUCGUCUGCAAUGAGAGGAUCCAGUACUACUUUCUCUACCCUCACGUCACCAAGCUGGACGAGGUGGCUACCACCCACAUGACCUUCCCAGCCAUCACCUUCUGCAACCUCAACGAGUUUCGCUUCAGCCAGGUGACCAAGAAUGAUCUGUACCAUGCUGGGGAGCUCCUCGCCCUGCUCAAUAACAGGUAUGAGAUUCCAGACACCCAAAUGGCUGAUGAAAAACAGCUGCAGAUCCUGCAGGAGAAGGCAAAUUUCCGCAACUUCAAGCCCAAACCUUUUAACAUGCGGGAGUUCUCGGACCGAGCUGGCCAUGAUAUCCAGGAAAUGCUGCUCUCCUGCUUGUUCCGUGGGGAACCAUGUGGCCCCGCUGACUUCAAAGUGGUUUUCACUCGCUACGGAAAGUGCUACACCUUCAAUUCUGGCCAGUCUGACAAGCCACCCCUCAUUGCCAUGAAAGGGGGCACCGGCAACGGCUUGGAGAUCAUGCUGGACAUUCAACAGGAUGAAUACCUUCCAGUCUGGGGAGAGACAGAUGAGACGUCCUUUGAAGCUGGGAUUAAAGUGCAGAUCCACAGCCAGGAUGAACCACCCUUCAUUGACCAGCUGGGAUUUGGAGUGGCACCGGGCUUCCAAACGUUUGUGUCCUGCCAAGAGCAGCGGCUUAUCUACCUUCCUCCACCUUGGGGUGACUGCAAGUCAGUGACAGUGGAGUCUGAAUUCUAUGACACCUACAGCAUCACUGCUUGCCGUAUAGAUUGUGAAACCCGCUACUUGGUGGAGAACUGCAACUGUCGUAUGGUGCAUAUGCCUGGUGAUGCUCCGUACUGCACCCCUGAACAGUACAAAGAAUGUGCAGAUCCAGCCCUUGACUUCUUGGUGGAGCGAGACAAUGAUUAUUGUUUAUGUGAGAUGCCUUGCAACGUCACACGCUAUGGUAAAGAGCUGUCCAUGGUGAAGAUCCCCAGCAAGGCCUCAGCCAAGUAUUUGGCCAAGAAAUACAACAAGAGUGAACAGUACAUUGGGGAGAACAUCCUGGUUCUGGACAUUUUCUUUGAAGCUUUGAACUAUGAAACAAUUGAGCAGAAGAAAGCAUAUGAAGUAGCUGGACUUCUGGGUGAGAUCACUUUUUUUCUGAUUGCCAGUUGGGGCAGAUCCUGUAAAUGCCAGGCUUCCAGGGCAGGGGGGGACCUUUGGGUAAUGCAAAAUGUCCACGCUUCAACCUCAUAUAUGUCUUCCUGUCUCUCCCAUGCAGGUGACAUUGGGGGACAGAUGGGGCUGUUUAUUGGAGCCAGUUUACUGACUGUGCUUGAGCUUUUUGACUAUGCCUAUGAGGUUAUUAAGUUCCACCUCUGUCGCCGUGACAAGUGUGAGAAGAAACACAAAGGGAAUAACAGUGACAAGGGUGUUGCCCUGAGCCUGGAUGAUGUGAAGCGCCAUAAUCCAUGUGAGAGUAUCCGAGGCCAUCCAGCAGGCAUGACAUACGCAGCCAACAUCCUACCUCACCACCCAGCCCGAGGAACUUUUGAGGAUUUUACCUGUUAACUGACAACUGGAUGUACAACUAACACUACCAAAGGGAAGGGGCCAUGCUGAGCAGCUUUGGCCCAGCCCGUGGACCUGCCAACCUUUUGCAGGGCCUCUAUCUCAGACUACUGGGGAGGCAGCAGAAUCCAGCCUCUCCUCAUCCAUCCGCCCCAGGCCAAUGCAGCGAUACGCACAUGGAGCCAGCUGGACAGAGGUGAGGCUCAGCUGCCAGAUCCACUCCAGUUUCUGCUCGUUCCAAUGACGCCCUUGAACUUUAAACGUAACAGAAGUGCUGCUGGAAGAAUCCUCUCCCCACCCCCCACCCCGCAGUAUCCAAUGGACGUGAGGGCACAGCCUUCCCUGGUCCACAAACACUGAAGUCUUAACUGUGUGUCUCUCCUUCUGUAUCUGUCAUGCUCCCUAACCACAGCAAGCCUUGUGUGGCAGUGGUCAUUGUGUGCAAAGCCCUCUCUCUCUCUCUCUCUCUCUCUUUUAAUCCGAAUGCCAAGAAGAACCUACAGGAACAGGUAGAGCCAGACUGCUUCUGGGGUAUUCUGUUUGUAGAGGCUACUUAUCUAUCAAAAGGAAGUGCUGCUUCAGUUCUCUUCCCCUCUCCCUUCCGACUGUGCGCUGUGGGAAGGCCAACAGUCAUAGCCUUCCCUGGAGCAAGACUGCAACUGAACUGAGAGAGCCACUUCCAUAGGAUGUGCCAUCAUCUGCUCAUCUCAUCCAACUGGCAGCUUCUCAUUUGACCUGGCCUGGACGCUGUUCUUCUUUGAGCCCUGGCCUAUUCCAUCCAUCAAUCCCAGUCCUCCCAUCAGAAAGGCAGGUAGCAAAGCUGUUCCAAAGGUUACAACAUUCACGUGAUGAACUGCCUGGGCCCCUUCUGUGCAGGUUAUUAGGAAAGAUGUGACAAUUCUUAAGCAGUGAGGUUCAGAGACAAGUCUGCCAUUUCACAGAAUUCUCCGUAAUGUACAAACGAGAUCGUUUCCAAAGAAGUUAUGCUUCAGGGUCCGUAGCUGCUAAUGGGAGAAGAAAGCAAUGCACCUGUCUCUUGAUUUGGGCUUCCCUCUUUAUUUCCCAUGGUAACAUGGCAACUCCUAGGAUACUCCUGCAGGCAGAAAUAAUGCGCUAAGAUUACUUUGGCUGGCAGAAGCUUAGCGCUCGCUUUAGCAAGAAAGACCAGAGGGUCCUUUUAGGGCAAUGGUAAGGAUAGCUUGCUUUAGUACAGUGUGGAAAUGAUAUUUUAAGAGCAGAAAUAGCCCCUUAUCACCAUCAGCCAAGAUUUCCUAGGUAAGAAUUAAGAUGCCACUCUGAGACCUACACAGAGGGUCUCCAGGCAAAAUGCAUACUAAUGAUGCAAGGCAUUUCCUUAUUAUGCAUCAUCAGCGUACCGGCAAAAUAAAAGAAGUUAUGGGAAGAAUUUCUCCGGAAUGUAUUGUCAAGUCAAACUCCCUGUUUUCUCCUAAAGAAACUUCCAAGUUCUAUUUUAUAACAGUCACUAUUACAACCCAGUCAACUAGUUAAGUGUUUCAGCUAUUUAGUCAUGAUACCAACAGUCAAGCCCAAAUGAAUGGUUUGCAUUGGGAAGGAGCAUUUGCAGGCUGGGAAUGAUGGUGGGCAUUCUAGUAAAGCCAUGGGUCUCAGAUGGUGGCAUGAGUUUCCUCUUUGUAGCAAUUGCUUUUGUCUUAAGUCUCCUAUACAACCUGUUCAUAGUGCCUGAUACUUCUCCACCUGAAAAAGGCAGAGACAUCAGAAUGGAGGUUUGAUUCCCCCACCCCACAAUUCCUGAAUAGGCACCAUUUCAAUCCAUAUCAAGAAGAGCCUGGAUGUGUGGUCCUGUGAUGGUAGGCCGCACAGCCUACUCAAGAGACUGACACCACCAUCAGUGAAGGGUUGUCUAACACUUGCUUCUUUAAAAAUGAACUGACAUGACCUUGUCUUGUAAGUGUUCCACUUACUGUA